AUGCGCAGCAACGAGCCUCCUUCGAACCUAAGAGGCGAACCUACAAUAUUCCAGAAAUACAAAAAGACGCGCCUCUCCCCGGAAAACGCACAGCAGUACGCGUCGGGGCCUUCCUCACAAUAUUACGAUAACCGCCAGACUGGUCAGCCUCAGGAUGGCGAAAAGGGUCUCAUGGCAACGGUCAUCGGCGGCGGCGCCGGCGGGGCCCUAGGACACAAGAUGAGCCACGGUUCCAAGUUCAAGACGCUCCUAGGAGGCGCAGCCGGUGCCGCCCUGGCAAACGCCGUGGAGCACAAGAUCAAGGGCAAGAAGAAGCCCAUGGCCAGCCACGGUCACCAUCACGCGCCGCCUCCCCCGCACCACCCGAACCACUCUCACCACGGACACGGCGGGUCGUUCGGGGGCCUGCUUCCGGCCGCUGGCUCGCAGCACGGGGGAUCCAUGAGCUCGCUCGGGGGCCUAUUCGGCGGACAGAAGCACCAGGGGCCGCCCUCGCAUCAUUCCAGCCACCAUGGUCACCACGGGCAUCACAAGUGGUAG